UUCCUAAAUAGGUUAGGGUAGGCGCCUAAAGUUAGGCUCAACGCACCCAUCGCUCUUAUCAGAGUCCUACACCCCAAAUGUCAAACAUUGUGACGUCCGAGGAGAAGGAGGAAAAGCAGAAUUAAAUAAAACGGUUAGUUCUGAUCGGUCGGUCCUCGCGUCACCACGCACAUAAUCAGUAUUUCAUUUAUAAUACAAUUUUACGGCGUCAUUCCUGCGCGCCACCAUUUUGGUCCUUCGAGCCGGAUCGGAAACAGUGCCUACUGUUCUACGUUCGCGUAUGUAAGUGCGUAUCAGCUUACACGAUCCUAAGUGAAAUUUUACUGAACUUUGCGUGUGCAAGUGUAAGUGCGUAUCAGCUUACACAGCCUUGAAGGCGUAUCAAUUCAAGGAGUGCGUGCGUGUGUGCACGAUCAUCGCGAUCAAAUCCGUUUAGUGUGUCCCAUUGUGUGUGAGUGCUUAACAAACUCACACAAUCCUUGAAUGCGCAUCAGUUCGAGGAAUGGCCCUAAGCGUGAGUGUCUAAGUGUACAUCAACUUUCACAAACCUUUUCUAUACGUAUAUACGUUUUCGUAUACGUUUCUAUAAGACGAACUGAACUUGUUAAUUCGUGUUAAUACGAAGUGCAUAACAUUUAUCCAACACACAUUAGUGAACAUUAAAUUCUGUGCUGUAGUGUUUGAACAUUGACUCAUCUUGUGACCUGCAUUCCUGUUCGUACGUGUUGGUGUGCGGUUGUAUUUCUCCGUAGUCGUGCGUGUUCCUGUUCAUUCGCGGGCGUUCGUGUGCGUGGCUCCUGUUCGUUCGAGAUUGUUCCUGUGUGUUCCUGUUCGUGUGUGUGGCUCCUGUCCAUUCCUGAUCGUUCCUGUUUGUUCCUGUUCAUCACGGAGUAGCGGUAAAUCGUCACGUCGAAAUCCCCUCGGUCGGUGAGUCGUUGACAAACAAAGUAUAGGGUAUUGGAAUCAAGUCAGAACAGAAUAUGAGCACGAUGCCUGUAGAACGGUCCCCGCAGGCUGCAACGCAGAAGGAGGUGCCGAGUUCCGAUGAAUCGUUCGAGGUUGAAAUGAGUAAUGCACCGAAAGACUUAAUACGGAUGCGGCUUAGCUUGAUUGUGGAGCAGUUGCAGGAAGAAUUGGCUGAUUUACAAAGUGAUCCUUCUUCCUCUAUCAUUCCUGCGGUCAAACGGCGUACGGAAGCGAUGGCUACAAGGUACCAGGACUUCCAAGAAAUGCUAUUUAGCGAGGGUACAUGUACACAAGAAGACUUGGCUCGCGAACGUGAGUACCAUGGUAUUUAUCGGAAACUCACAAACACAAUCGAGAAACUGUGUAUUAAGGAAGAAAAGUUUGUGAUAGAACCGGUUCAGGUACAGCAAGCACCAAUUAUAGUACAACAACAUGCAUUGCCGGCAUCUCUACCAACAUUUGAUGGAACGUAUGCAAAUUGGCCAAAAUUCAAAGCCAUGUUUUUGGAUAUCAUCAAAAAGAGCAGCGAUAGUGAUGCAGUCAAAAUUUACCAUCUGGACAAAGCGUUAGUAGGUUCCGCAGCAGGAACGUUGAACGCCAACUUAAUGACAAGCAUAACGUUCGAUCAAGCUUGGCAAUUCGUAGAAACCAGAUUCAAUAACCCGCGUGUGAUUGUUGAUGAACAUAUCAAGGGGCUGUUAAACAUGCCGCACGCUCGUAGCGAAUCGUCAAAGGAACUGAGACUACUUCUCAAAACAUGUACACACUACUUGAACGGGUUGAAGAAUAUGGACCAGCCAGCAGAUGGUUUAAGCAAAUUAAUCAUCAACUAUUUGUUGACUUCUCGAUUUGACCCCGACACACGGAAACUUUGGGAAAGAACAUUAUAUCAAGGAGAGUUUCCCGAUCUUGAUGAAACGAUCAAUUUCUUAAAAACCCAGUGUGAAGUGCUAGAAAGAUGCAAUGCAGAAUCAAGUUCAAAACACAACAAAGACACUCGUGCUCACAUUGCGGUACCAUCAUCAAGCCCACCAGUUUCAUCAUCUGACAUGUCUGCUAGGUGCGACAUUUGUUCGGAAUUGCAUUACAUUUCCAAGUGUCCACAAUUUCUCGCUCUGACAAUCGAUGACAGAAUUUCCCGAAUUCGUCAGCUAUCACGGUGCAACAAUUGUUUUGGCAAAAACCAUAACGUAAAUAAAUGCAAGUCCAAAUUUACAUGCCGCAUAUGCAAGAAUAGACAUCACACAUUGUUGCACAGAGCACAUACUAACAACAACAACAACCCAUCGACCGUUAGCAUGCAAAACACAACAACACAGCCAACGAUCUUGCUCGCAACAGCUAUAGUUUUGAUUGAAGAUAAAACGGGAAAGAAACACCCUGCUCGUGCACUUCUUGAUAGCGGAUCACAGUCGAACUUUAUAUCAAACAGAUUAGCUCAAGUACUACGAUUGGAAAAGACAUCUGUAGAAAUUCCUAUAAUUGGAAUCGGCGGUAACAUCGACAGCCACGUUCGCAAUAAACUAGUAACAACCAUACAUUCCCGCUGCUCCAAUUACAAAACAAAAACAGAACUGCUAGUACUAAAGAAACCUGCUGCAGAUUUGCCUUGUCAAAACAUUUCUAUCCAUACUGAUCAAAUGCCUUCAUGCAUAACACUAGCUGAUCCUCUAUUCUAUUGUUCAGCAAAAAUCGAUAUCAUCUUGGGAGCAGAACAUUUUGCUGAAAUCAUCAAAGGGGGACGCCUAAAGAUCAAUAAUGGAUUACCAGCACUACAAGAAUCUGAACUCGGUUGGUUAGUAAGUGGCAAGGUGGUAGCAUCACAAGCCCAUACACCAAUAAUCAGCGCUGUCUCAAUAACACCUAUCGAUGAAUUAAUGCAACGAUUCUUCGAUACCGAAGAACUUUCAUCGAACGAUGCAAAUUGGACUGAAGAAGAAACAUGCUGUGAAACCAUGUAUCAAGACAGCACAAGCCGCGAUGAGCAAGGCAGAUACAUCGUCCGGUUGCCGAUAAAAGUAGAUCUGAUAAAGGCAAUAGGAGACUCAAAAAUCAUGGCAAAUCGUCGGUUCUUGGCAUUAGAGCGUAGAUUACAACGUGAACCAGACACUCGCGCUGCUUAUGUCCAAUUUAUGAAAGAAUACGAACAUCUAGGUCACAUGAGUCCUGUGAAACAUGAAACUGAAUCAUCAACGCUAGCGUAUUAUAUCCCGCAUCACCCUGUGUUUAAGGCCGAAAGUACAACAACAAAAUGCAGGGUGGUUUUUGAUGCAUCCGCCAAAACUACUUCAGGAUACUCUCUCAAUGACGUUCUAAUGAGUGGGCCAAAUAUUCAACAAGAUUCUUUAUACAUUUUGUUACGUUUUCGAACCUAUCUGAUUGCAGCCACCGCAGAUGUAGAAAAAAUGUAUAGGCAGGUAUUGAUCCAUCCUGAAGACCGAUCGUUGCAAAGAAUCUUGUGGAGAGAAUCUUCUGAUCAGCCCAUCCAAGAGUAUCAGCUAAACACAGUCACAUACGGGACAGCAUCGGCACCAUUUCUAGCGAUCAGGACAUUAAAGCAAAUCAUUUGUGACCAUGGUGACGAAUUUCCGAAUGCAGCCAAAAAGCGAGAUGAUUUUUACGUAGACGAUUUUGUCUCGGGAGCUGAUUCAAUCGAUGAUAUCAAACAGUUGUACUCCGAAGCAACUCGAUUGCUAGCAAAGGGAGGUUUUCCUCUCCGGAAAUGGACUUCCAACAAUCCAGAUUCAUUGGUUGAACUCAACAGAGCUCAAAUUGCAACUCUUCCUGAUGAUGAUUCGAAUGCACAUGUAUCAACACUUGGUCUUAUUUGGCGGCCAAAUCCAGACACGCUCACCAUCAAGAUAAUCGAUCCUGAUAAUUCUCAGAAGCUAUCCAGCAGAACUGUUCUUUCUUAUAUUGCCAAAAUAUACGAUCCUUUAGGCAUUAUAGACCCUGUUAAGGCGUUAGCCAAACAAAUCAUGCAGCAAAUCUGGGAAUUGAAGAAACUUGAUCCAAAGUGUUGGAAUUGGGAUGAUGAACUUCCGUUACAUCUGCAAAACACAUGGCUUCAUUUCCAAAAUCAUCUUAAGCCUCUUCGUGAUCUUCAAAUUCCACGAGCAGUUAUUCAUAGAUCCAUUCAAGGUGUACAACUGCAUGUGUUUUGUGACGCAUCUGAGAAAGGGUACGGUGCCUGCUGCUAUGUCCGCGAUGACAACGAGGUAUGCAACGUGACUACUCGCUUAUUGGUGUCUAAAUCUAAAAUUGCUCCCAUAAGUCAAAAAAGAACAAUCGCACAAUUAGAGUUGUGUGCAGCAAAGCUAGGUAGCGAUCUUUAUGCAAAGAUAAGAGAAGCAAUUCCAUCCAUAUCAAACGUCAUGUUUUGGACAGACUCUAUGAUAGUUUACCAUUGGCUGCAAUCUCCACCACAGUACUGGAAGACGUUUGUCGCGAAUCGCGUUUCUCAAAUUCAACACACUACAAAGGGUUUUCAUUGGCGACACGUUCCUGGAUGUGACAAUCCUGCAGAUUUGGUUUCUCGCGGUUGCCUCGGUUCCGAGCUUCUACAUGAGACGAAAUGGUGGCAGGGUCCAAGCUGGCUAUCUCUUCCUGAACAAUUCUGGCCACAAACCAUUGCAGCAAACCAGAAUGUUAUAGCUGAACAAGAAAAACGAACACAACCUGUACUGUCUCAUGUUGCCAUCGAAUCCCCACUUCAAGAUAUAUUUCUUCGCUACUCAUCAAUAACAAAACUUCGCCGAAUGGUUGGGUAUUGGAUACAAUACUUCAAAAUCUUGCAAAAGAAAAUGUCUCCAACCAGAGUGCUCUGUAGUCAGAGCAUUAGAGAAGCAGAUAUUGCGUUGUGUCGGCUGGUACAAGCCACGCACUUCAAUCCGGAAAUAACGGCAUUAAAGGCAGGAAAUCCAGUAGCAUCAUCGUCACCAAUGAAAUGGUUCAACCCACAAUGGGGAAGUGACGGAAUAAUUCGUGUCGGAGGUCGCUUAACCUACUCAGCCCAGCCGGAACAUCAAAAGCAUCCGAUAAUUCUUCCGAGCAAGCAUCCGUAUUCAGUACUGUUAGCCAACUUCUACCAUCUCCAACUCUUACACGCUGGACCUCAACUCAUGCUCAACACUAUCCGUCAGCGGUACUGGAUCAUUGGUGGCAGAAAUCUUGUAAAGCGAAUUUAUCACAACUGUCUGACUUGUUUCCGCGCCAAACCCAAAAUGCUUUCGUCAAUGAUGGCAGAUCUACCUCCACCGAGGGUGAUUGCUGCCAGGCCAUUCUCUGUAAGUGGCAUCGACUACUGCGGUCCUGUGUACGUGAAGGGUACACACCGCCGUGCUACUUCCACCAAAGCCUUUGUGGCAAUCUUCGUUUGUUUCACGACAAAGGCUGUUCACAUCGAACUUGUGUCGAGCCUAACAACAGAAGCAUUCUUGGCAGCCCUUAGAAGGUUCAUCGCUCGUCGUGGAGUAAUCUCAGAGCUGUAUUCGGAUAAUGGGACAACCUUCAAGGGAGCUGCCAACGAGCUGAACAAACUCUACCAACUUCUUCAUUCCGAAGAUUAUCAAGGCAAGGUCAAUGCCUGGACCCUGGAGCGCGGUAUCAACUGGAACUUCAUUCCGCCACGCGCGCCGCAUUUUGGUGGACUCUGGGAGUCUGCCGUGAAAUCGGCCAAACAUCAUCUCCUGCGCACCAUGGGCUCUUCAUCUUUUACUUUCGAGGACAUGACGACGAUACUGGCGGAGAUCGAAGGAUGUCUCAACUCUCGUCCUAUCACUCCAAUGUCCGAGGAUCCCAGUGAUUUGACAGCGUUAACACCGGGACACUUCUUGACUGGUGAAAAUCUACAAUUGCUUCCUUCAAUCAACCUGACGCAGAUUCCAAUCAACCGUCUUACGCACUGGCAGAUUAUUCAGCAGCAACUCCAGCGGUUCUGGAAAAGAUGGCGCACGGAAUACUUGCAAAAAUUGCAAGCUCGUAGUAAAUGGUUAACUAAGGGAAAAGAGCAAAUGGCCAUUGGCGCGAAUCACGAAGAUCCACCCCGGAAGGGACAAUAUUAUUCGAGUAAUAUCUGCCAAGACUAUCAAGGGAAAUGAAGUAACUCGACCCAUAGCAAAAAUCUGUUUGAUUCCCGAGAUUGAUAGAUCAGAUCCAACGGAAGAUAAAAUUUAAUAAAUUUUAGGUGGCAGGAUGUUGGAUUCCUAAAUAGGUUAGGGUAGGCGCCUAAAGUUAGGCUCAACGCACCCAUCGCUCUUAUCAGAGUCCUACACCCCAAAUGUCAAACAUUGUGACGUCCGAGGAGAAGGAGGAAAAGCAGAAUUAAAUAAAACGGUUAGUUCUGAUCGGUCGGUCCUCGCGUCACCACGCA